UUCAUGAGCUGCUUCUAGGUAUGAAGAGGAGAGUCUGGAUUCUUUCAAGCCCCAUGCAUGAUUUUGUUUGAACAGAUGUGAAUGUUCGUCUGAGUGAUAUACAUAUAUGAUUAUUUGUGACAAAAAGAUGGCAUCUGGAUUCCCGAACGCUUCUGCUGAGACCGUAUAUGGUGAAAAGAGCGCCUUCACACAAACUGAACACAAUAUUGUUGCUGCAUACCUAAUAACCGCAGGAGUGGUCAGUCUGUCUAGUAACAUCGUGGUGCUGCUGAUGUUUGUGAAGUUCAGAGAGUUGCGUACCGCCACGAAUGCUAUCAUUAUCAAUCUGGCUUUCACCGACAUUGGUGUAGCUGGGAUUGGUUACCCCAUGUCAGCAGCCUCAGACCUGCAUGGGAGCUGGAAAUUUGGUUACACAGGCUGCCAGAUCUAUGCUGCCUUGAACAUAUUCUUCGGAAUGGCUAGUAUUGGACUGCUCACUGUGGUAGCCAUUGACCGAUACCUUACCAUAUGUCGACCUGACAUAGGACAGAAGCUGACAACAGUAUCGUACACGCUUAUAAUUGUGGCUGCUUGGCUGAAUGCUGUGUUUUGGUCAGCGAUGCCCAUCGUUGGUUGGGCAGGAUAUGCUCCCGAUCCCACAGGAGCCACCUGCACCAUCAACUGGAGGAACAAUGACACAUCUUUUGUGUCCUACACAAUGACUGUGAUCACUGUCAACUUCAUCAUUCCUCUGGCGGUCAUGUUCUACUGCUACUACAACGUCUCAGUUACUGUGAAGAGAUACACAGCCAGUAACUGCCUAGACAGCGUCAACAUAGAUUGGUCAGAUCAGAUGGACGUUACCAAGAUGUCUAUUAUAAUGAUAGUGAUGUUCCUGGCUGCCUGGUCUCCAUAUUCAAUUGUGUGUUUGUGGGCAUCAUUUGGUGACCCCCAUAUGAUUCCAGCUCCAAUGGCCAUAAUUGCCCCACUCUUUGCCAAGUCCUCCACCUUUUACAAUCCUUGCAUCUAUGUCAUCGCCAACAAGAAGUUCAGGAGAGCCAUCAUUGGAAUGUUACGAUGUCAAACACGACAGAGAAUCACUAUCAGCAACCAGCUUCCAAUGACGGCAUCAUCGGUGCCACUCGACCCCUAAACGAUGAGACGAUCAGAACAUUCAUAAAACAUCAGCACUGGGCGCUUUCUGUCUGCUCCAAUGUUUGAACACUGCUAGGCCUCAAUUACUUUAAAGUUUCAUACAAAUGCAAAGUGUCCUUAUACCAUGAAUGUCCUUCCUUCAACUUUGAACUUGCUGUUCAGUGUAGUCUGAUAGUAUUUAGUCUGAUGCUUGUUACACUGUGUUCAGUCUACUGCAAAUCCUGUGAAAUUGAUGUUGUUGAUACUAUAUUUCCCUAAAAUGUUUUCAUUUGAAUAAAAUAAUUCCACUGUGA